UGUUGCUCCGCUUUUCAUUUGUAAUGGCAUGGCAAUGCACUGCUGGAAGCGGACGGAAUACUAAGAAAUAUUUUGGCUACAGCUUACAGCAUCAGUGAGGUGCUUUCCAGCUCGACUGCUACUCAUAAAUUAAAAAAUAACAAACAACGUUUCUAUCCAAGGAGGAGAAAAAAAAUCUAGCACACAAAAUCUUACUGCCAUAAAUCAGUGUUUGCUGUUUUUAAAUCCUCUACGAAUAAAAAACCUGCAGAGCGAUUAUAACUUUGCUGUUGUGUAUCACUGUUCAGCAAUAUUUGAGGCGUUUGGAAGAUCCAGAGAUUUGAUUUGAUUUUUUGUUUUUCUUCUUGCUCCGCUAGAGAGCCGCGGCUUCUUCAUUUGUUUAUGUUCAAGAAUUUUAAAGAUUGGACGACACCUCUCGUUGAACUGUAUUGUAUACACGUAGCGGGGAAAGAUUGAGUGAGAAAAACAAAUUGAAAAAAGAAUUGAAAACGGCCGAGAACCUGGAAGAUAGAAUGAGUUACAGUGCGCUGCGCAACGUGCUUUGGGGAUUUGUGAUAGCGGUCUUUACGAAAGGGCUAUGCGUUUCCAGUUCAGACUUCAUUCCUCCGACGGAGAACAUGACGGUCACCCAGGGAGAGAGCGCCGUCCUCAGAUGCUUCAUUGACAGUGAGGUGGUGCACAAGGCCUGGCUGAACCGCUCCAACAUCCUCUUCACGGGCAACGACAAGUGGUCGUUGGACCCACGGGUGACGGUCAUCAGCAACAACAAGAGUGAGUUUUCUAUUAAGAUCAACAACGUCAGCGUGAUCGACGAGGGGACUUACACCUGUUCAUAUCAGUCACGCAACGAACCGCGGACGGCCCACGUCUACCUCAUCGUGCAAGUUCCAGCCAAGAUUGUGAACAUCUCCGCUGACAUCUCUGUAAACGAAGGCAGCAAUGUCAAUCUGUUUUGUCUGGCCAUUGGACGCCCAGAGCCCACCAUCAAGUGGAAACACAAAAAUGGUGAAAUGAGCGAAGGAGAGUUUCUGGAAAUCACAGGCAUCACCAGAUACCAGGCGGACGAAUACGAAUGUGUCACAGAAAACGGACCCACCAACACAGACAUGCACAAAGUCCAAGUCACCGUCAACUAUCCUCCUGUGAUCACAGAUGGGAAGAACAUGCCCGCCCAAGUGGGUAAGGGCGCCUUGUUGCGCUGUGAGGCAAUGUCGGUGCCAGCUGCCAGCUUUGAGUGGUACAAAGAUGACAAAAGGCUUGCUGAACAUACCAGCGGCAUCAAGAUCCAAAACGAAAAGACCCGCUCACUCCUCGUGUUCACCAACGUGACAUCCCAACACUUUGGAAACUACACCUGCUUUGCCUCCAACACACUGGGCUCAUACAACUACAGCAUGCUUCUCUUCAGACCUGGAGCAUUAAAGAACGGAGCCACCUUUUCAGUGUCCAGCACCCUCAUGAUGCCAUUGUGGACGGCAAUCUUCAUCCUGCUCUUGAAGAUCUAAACAGCAUCGUUUCAGAAGGCAAUCUUAACUACAGAACCCAUCACUG